GCCACCCGUGAUGGAAGGCGGUGAAGGCUCUCGGGAAUCUAUAAGGACACGCCGGGGUGCAAAACUGCUGCCUCUCGUCUCGUCGAUUGUCUAGCAUGGCCGAAGACAAACCGAUUCGCAUCUUUUUCAUCAGCUUCGCGAUUGAGACGCUAUUACUGGGCUUGUUUUUGUCAACCGCUUUUCUCUCGCUGUACUUUAUGGUGCAAAGGCGGAAGCGCAAUGCAUCUCUUGACAAGUGGGUCUUUGGGGGAGUCUGCGCGCUCAUUGCCAGCGUUACUGCGCAUUGGGCUGUAGGCUUUGCGCGACUUUUUGGGGCUUUUUUCUCGCCUGGCAUCACCGACGCGGAUUAUUACAUCACAGAUUUUUACGAGCCGACGUAUGUCACCAAGUCAGCCUUGUUGUACCUGACUCUUUCCGUCGCCGCUACGCUGCUCAUCUACCGCCUCCAUAUGAUAUGGCGUGACCAAGUGAUGGUGCUUUUCCUGCCCAUUGUGCUGCUCCUUGUGUCCGCCGCCGCAGAGGUGUUCGAAAUAUAUCUACAUUUCGACUCAGAGCGCCCUACGGAUAGCAUCUACAAGCCACCCUUUUCGAAAUGGAUCUUCGCAAUUUUCGCUAUGGACAUGUCGUAGGUGAACCCUUGAGACUGAGACAACAACAUGUCAACUCUGACGCCAGUCCUCUCCAGAUUGAACGCUUAUUGCACACUGAUGAUCUCCUGGCGCAUCUGGAAAUCCUUCCAUGCUGGUGUCGGUUCGGGUGGCCCAAAACU